AUGCAAACUGUGUGCGCGAUCCGAGUGUCUCCAUCAAAAAUUUCUUUCCCUCAAGUCUAGAUCAGCUCGUCAGGGUACUAAAUGCAAAUGAAUUGAGCACUCCGCAAGCUAAGCGCAUCUUGGCCGCCUCUAGCAGCCAUUCGUAUCCCAAGGAUCAAAAACCCAAAGUUCCGCUUUCGUAUUUUCUGGGGAAGGCUGUGCCUCGUGCAAAGGUUGCAGCCUGGCACAGAUCCUUCCAAAAAGGAAGAUGUCGUGUUUUCCGAGAUUGAUAAAUUCCCAGCUGAUUCCCCCAUGAAGAUUCCGAGAACGCAGAGGUUCCUCAUUUCUACAUAUACUCGUCAUAUUUAUAUCCCUGAUCUGCCAUUCUAAACAACGAUGACAAGCCCCAUCGCCUUCAAAGGCGGCUGUGCCUGCUCCAAAGUUCGCUACACCAGCACCGUCUUCCCCGAAUGGAUAGGCCACUGCCUCUGCACAACCUGCCGCAAAUGCGCCGGUGCUCCCUAUCAAACCUUCGCCGGUUUCCCCCGCAGCGCCAUAACUUGGACUACCGAACCACCCAAAUACUUCCGGGCAAGCGACUUUGCCAAACGCGGGUUCUGUGACCAGUGCGGUUCGAGUCUGACCUUCGAGGUUGACUCUACCCCGGACAAAAUCUCGCUUUCACCAGGCAGUUUUGACGAUUGGGACGUGCAAGGCGGGAAAGACGCCUUUGUGAAGCCGGAGGGUUAUAUCUUUGCGGCAGAGAAGGCCGUGUGGUAUGAGUUACCGAAUGAUGGGUUGCCGAGACAUGAAAAGCUACCCCCUGCGGAGGCUGAGAAAGAUAAGGAGGCUGCAGAAAGCAAAUGAAUCCAUAUAAAUUGGUCAUGGUUUAAAUGAUGUUAUCGUUUCCUUUGAAUACAUAACGGCCAGAUGAAGGUGGCGUUUCCUGGUUAGGUGGUUUGUGGAGUUAUGUCAUAUAGUGAGAGAACCUUUGUUGAAUGAGAAAAGAAAACAGGCUUAACGCAAGCAAUUUACCCGCAGUAACAUACAAGUUCUAAAAUGAAAGAACUGACCGUCGAUGUAACUAUACAUUCGUACACUAUCGACACACUUUAGAAGGCAGCCCUAAAACAGAACAUUUUCGCAUCA